AUGAAACGUCAUGGUGAUGAUGGCUAUAAUUAUGGCUAUAGUGGUGGUAUGUCAGGUGGUAAACGACAACGACCUGAUUCUUAUCAAGAAGCACUUGCAGCUGGAAAAUAUGAAUUAAGAUUGCUUGUUCCUGGUCGUGGUGCUGGUGCAAUUAUUGGAAAGGGCGGAGAGACGAUUAAAAGACUCCGCUCGGAGUGCGAUGCGAGUGUCACCAUCCCUGAUAGCCAGACGCCUGAACGUAUCGUCGCAAUUGUGGCUGAAGUGGAUAAUGUUCUGCGAUGUGUCAGCGAAAUAAUACCGAAAUUGGAUGAGGUACGUGAAGGGAAUUCAUCGGAUAGCGAAUUGAGGGUCCUGGUUCAUCAGUCACACGCUGGAGCCGUUAUUGGUCGCGGUGGUAGCCGAAUAAAAGAAUUGCGUGAAGAAACCAAUACUCAGUUAAAGGUGUUCUCGCAGUGUUGUCCACAGUCUACGGAGCGUGUCGUUCAGAUCAGCGGGCCUCAAGAAAAAAUUAUUGCUUGCCUGAUUCUGAUCAUCAAUAUGCUUAAAGAAAUACCGAUAAAGGGUGCUACUCGGCCCUAUGAGACUAUUUUCUAUGAUCCUUCUUAUGCCGACGAAUACGGUGGUUAUGGAGGUGACAGAGGUUUCCCUAUGAUGGGUCGAGGUAGUUAUGGAGGUGGUAGAGGGCCUCGUGGGCCUUAUGGGAGAGGUCCAAUGGGAAUGGGAGGAGGAUAUCCACCACCACCCUUUGGUCCUCUUCAAACAACACAGGUGACCAUUCCAAAUGAGCUUGGAGGAACAAUUAUUGGAAAGGGGGGUGAGCGUAUUAAUAGAAUUCGUGAAGAAUCGGGUGCACACAUCGUUAUUGAACCACAGCAGGAUAAUUCCGAGCGAAUCAUCACUGUUUCAGGAACUCAGUCGCAAAUUCAGACUGCGCAAUACCUUCUUCAGCAGUGUGUACGAACUUCUGUUGCUGGUCGAAAAUAUCUCAGUGAACAUUGA